AUAUUUAAUUUUUAUUACAGAGAAGAGACAAAGAGAGGGUUACCUUUGAAAUCCAGAGGCUUGCUUUCAUAACAUUGUACUCGCCAAAUCCAAAAAUCGUACUUUGUAUCCUCCUAGCUUUCUUUCACAAUCACAGGAGAGUUGUGUGUGUGUGUGUGUGUGUUCAACAAAACCAAAAACACAGGAUACCAUACCUUACCAUAGCAGUAUAUAAACUCUUGUGCUAAGCUAAUAAGACUUUGUUUUCUUUAGAUUGAUUCGAUCUCCACUUCUAAUCUAAAAUACAUUUCUUUUCCAUUCCCAUCUCCCGAAUACACUAUAAAAAGCAACAACUUUCCUCCCAAAUCUCAUGUUUUGACCUCAUCACUCCUGGAGCUUGGAUUUGAAUAGACAAUUAGGGUAUUUGGAUUUCGAGAAGAAUUGGGCAUGAAUGAAGAUGGUCUUUAUAUCCAAGAUAAAAUGGAUUGCACUCUUUGUAUUGAUGCUAUCUAUGGUGUCUUUGGUGGUUCAUCUUUCUAUUACGAGGCUUUCAGGCGCUUAUUCUAUGCAAUCUACUUUAAUGCCCUUUAAUGGAUUUGAUUUCACUGCUUCUGUCUUUGCGCCACAGAGUGAUAGAUUUGUUAGAAAUAUGAAGUUGUGGGGGCCUGUGAUUUCAUUGAAAUCAUUGCAGCCUUAUGCCAAUCCAAGAAGCAACUAUCCUGUUCCAGAUGAAAGAAACAAUGGUUACAUUUAUGCAAAAAUUUUUGGUGGAUUUGAGAAGAUAAGAUCCUCGAUCUGUGAUCUUGUCACCAUAUCCAGGCUUCUAAAUGCUACUCUUGUCAUUCCAGAGAUUCAAGAAAGUCUUCAAUCAAAAGGCAUUAGUUACAAAUUCAAGAGUUUUUCAUAUCUCUUUGAUGAAGAUCAGUUCAUAGCAUCACUUAAAAAUGAUGUAAACAUUGUGAAGAGCCUGCCUGAGAAUUUGAAAGCAUCCAGGAGAAGGAAUGAGGUCCGGACAUAUAAGCCCAAAAGAUCUGCUUCUCCAAAUUUCUACGUCAAAGAAAUUUUGCCUGUGUUAAAGAAAUCCAAGGUUAUUGGACUAGUUCUUCAUGAUGGAGGAUGCCUGCAGUCAAUUCUUCCACCAAGCAUGUCCGAGUUUCAGAGGCUUAGAUGCCGGGUUGCAUUCCAUGCUCUAAAAUUUCGCCGAGAAAUUCAGAUGGCUGGUCAGUUGAUGGUUCAGAGGUUACGGGCAUCUGGUCAACCUUUCCUUGCAUUUCAUCCUGGCUUGGUGAGAAACAUCUUGGCAUAUCAUGGUUGUGCAGAACUAUUCCAGGAUGUUCACACUGAGCUUAUACAGUAUCGUAGGGCACAGAUGAUUAAGCAAGGGAUUCUUAAUGGUGAGCUAGGUGCAGGCUCACACAUCCAUAGAGACAAUGGGUCAUGCCCCCUCAUGCCAGAAGAGGUUGGUCUUCUCCUUCAAGCGAUGGGCUAUCCUAACAGAACAGUGAUAUAUGUGGCUGGUUCUGAAACUUUUGGUGGUCAACGUGUUUUGAUCCCUCUGCGUGCCAUGUUCUCCAACACUGUGGAUCGCACUCGGGUUUGCACUAAGCAAGAACUGUCUGAUUUGGUUGGUCCUGAAACACCUCUUCCUCUGAAUCCUUUUCAGCCACCUCCUACCAAAAGUGAGGAACAGCUUAAAGAAGAGUGGAAUAUGGCAGGCCCUCGGCCUCGUCCCCUUCCUCCACCUCCAGACAGACCCAUCUAUCAACAUGAAAAAGAAGGUUGGUAUGGUUGGAUUACUGAGUCUGACACAGAACCAGACCCUUCACCUGUAGAUCUGAGGAUGCAAGCACACAGGUUACUCUGGGAUGCUCUUGAUUAUAUUGUCUCAGUGGAAGCAGAUGCAUUUUUUCCUGGUUUCCAUAAUGAUGGUAGUGGAUGGCCAGACUUCUCAAGCUUGGUCAUGGGACAGCGGCUAUACGAGAGUGCUUCUUCUAUAACAUAUCGGCCAGACAGGAGAGUUCUUGCAGAACUUUUCAACAUUACCCGUGACAACAUGUACUACCAUCACAACUAUUCUUGGAAACUUUCAGUAAGGGAACAUCUCAGCAAAAGCUCGAGUGAAGAUGGCCUUAUCAGGCAAUCCCUUCUGUCAAAGCCAACCACAUUCCUGUCUCACCCGCUUCCUGAAUGCUCUUGUAGAAUUCCUUCUGCAGAGGUUCCAAAACAGGUAAAAGGUCAUGAUGGACGAUUACUAUAUGGAGGAGAGGACGAGUGCCCAACAUGGAUGAAGCAUAGUCAGGAAGAUACUCACUUAGAGUCAGAAGUGGCGGAAGAUGGUAGUAAUGGUAAUAACGAGUUAGAAUAUGAAAAUGAUGGUGUUGAACAGCAAGAAUCUGAUGACAAUGCAGUUAAAAGUAGUCUUACUCAACUACCCGUGGAUCAGGAUGAUGAAUGGGAUCCUAAUGACUAGAAGCGGACUUGUUGAUGAUAUGACCUGUGUUUUUACAAUUGAAGCUGGCAGUCAACUUUUCAGCAAUAUCGUCUGGGAUGUAAAGUUUUGGGGAUGGGGUGACAAGUAUAAGGUCGUUUUUCAUAGUUCCAACUUUAGAGUGUUCUAAAGGAAAUAUUGAGAUUUAUUCUUUCCUAGUAGAUUCACGGAUACCUUCACAUAUAGAAAAGAAAAAUAGUUGUAUACCUUCAUACGACACUACUUUUAACGUGACGGUAGUGAGCCUGACUGAUGCCUUCCAGAUAAGCUCAUUGCAGACUGUUGCAGAAACAUGAUUGCCCCCGUUGGAGAUGUUUCAGCACGGAGGAGCUUAAACGUGGGAAUGUUGUAUUGGACAGCUUGCAAUGCUUGAAGAUCCUUUUGGUAUCUGAAACAUUAUUUCUGUUCCUUGAACUGAAUGUCAUGUCAGAGUGUAAAGUUGAUUCCAACAAAAUUCAAUGAUAAAUGAUUCUUUUUUUCCUCAA